AUGGCUACCGCGACCGAUUCCCCCUUCACGUUCCCCCGAGAAUACCACUUCCCCCCCUUCUUCACGCGCCAGACAAACCUCACGACUCUGCACGCCCAGCGCAACAAAUGGGCCGACCUCAUUCUCGCUUACGCGCGUCAUAAUCGCAUCUUCCGCCUAUCCCUCUCUGAAGCCGCCGACUCGGACCUGUUCGUCAACCGCAAGCUCGACAGACGGCUUCAGUCUGACGAUAUCCGCGACGUCGUUUCCUUUAUGCAUGCCGAUGGCCGUGUAGAAUACGUUGGGGGCGGUACGACCGGGGAUGUUGUCUUUCUCUACUGGCGGAAGCCAGAGGAGUGGGCGGAGCUAGUUGAGAACUACGUUGAAGAGACUGGACAAAAGGGCAGUGUGCUCACAGUGUAUGAACUUGUUGAAGGAGAUGGCACAAAGGGAAAUGAUAUUCACGGUAUGGACACUGACGUCCUACUAAAAGCUCUCAAUGUCCUUGUCAAGCGAAGCAAAGCUCAAAUAUUUGGCCAGGACGACUCAUUAGGCGUGAAAUUCUUCUAA